AAAAAAAAAAAAAAAAAAAAAAAAAAAAAAAAAAAUAGAUACAAACAAACAUAAACAUAAAGAUAGAUUGAGGUUAUAAGUUGAGAACGAUUGCUUAAACUUGGUGUAUAGAUUUAUAAUUGGCUAACAUCUUAUGUUAAUUAACGUUAUUAUAGGCUUAAGCUAAUUGAUUAUGAGCGAAAAAUUAAAAGAACUGAAGGAACGGUCUCAAAAAAGGAAGAAGCUUCUUGCUCAAACGCUGGGAGUAUCAAAUGUUGCUGAGUUAAGGCAAGCUCUAGGAACAGCUGUUGAGGCUGCUCCGCAGAAAAUCAGUAAGAAGGAAAUUCCACAGCGUGAAACCACUCAAGAAAAGUCAAAGAAGGAGGAGACAAAUGAUGAAUUGGUUUACAAAGACUCUUCAACAUUUCUGAAGGGUACACAAUCGUCAAACCCUCACAAUGACUACUGUCAGCACUUCGUUGAUACAGGCCAACGUCCACAGAACUUCAUACGGGAUGUUGGAUUGGCAGAUCGAUUUGAAGAGUAUCCCAAACUUAGAGAACUAAUUAAAUUAAAGGAUGAUUUGAUUGCUAGCACAGCGGCUCCUCCUAUGUUCCUGAAAUGUGAGCUACAGAACUUCAACUUCAAAGAUCUCAACAACAAGUUUGAUGUGAUCCUAGUGGAGCCUCCCCUUGAGGAGUACCAACGGACAAUGGGUGUUACAAAUACACAGUUCUGGAGUUGGGAGCAGAUAAUGCAACUGGACAUUGGUGAAAUCUCUUCGAAUCGCAGUUUUGUGUUCCUGUGGUGUGGCUCAUCUGAAGGUUUAGAUAUGGGGCGCUUCUGUCUACGCAAGUGGGGUUUUCGCAGGUGUGAGGAUAUCUGUUGGAUUCGAACAAAUGCUCAAAACCCUGGACACUCAAAAAAUCUAGAAGCUAAAGCCGUUUUUCAAAGGACUAAAGAACACUGCCUGAUGGGGAUCAAAGGAACAGUUCGGCGCUCAACUGAUGGAGACUUCAUCCAUGCAAACGUUGAUAUCGACCUUAUUAUCAGUGAGGAGCCCGAGUAUGGCUCUCUUGAAAAACCAGUCGAGAUAUUCCACAUCAUUGAGCACUUCUGCCUUGGUCGUAGAAGAUUACAUGUUUUUGGACGAGACAGCACAAUCCGUCCUGGUUGGCUAACCCUGGGCCCGGAACUGACAAACAGCAACUUCAAUGCAGACUUGUAUGCAAGUUACUUCAAUCCCAGCAACAUCACUACUGGUUGCACCGAGCGAAUUGAGGCUCUGAGGCCAAAGUCACCUCCCGCCAAGGGCAAGGGAACUGCCAACAGCCGAGGGCGGGGGGGUUUCUCCCGGGGUCGUGGCAGAGGUGGUGCCAGAUAGUAACAAAGCUAUCAAUAAAGUAAUUAAAUUAAA